AUGGCCAACGAAGUGGAAGUUCACGAUGACUGCCGUACCGACAGCAUUUGCUCUGACAGCAGUCCCCUGGUGGAUUCUGUCCUUGAAGGAGGAGGAGGAUGCAGCACUGAAACUGGUGCUCCUGAACUGACUAAAGAACUGAGUACUGGCGGCAGCGACGGCCAGACUACCGAUACUGUUGCCACCGCCGCUGAUAGCGGCAGCGUCGCCGUAGACGUUGAAAACCGUACACCUGCUACUUCUGCUGCCGUCGCUGAUGCCGGUGCUGCGGCUGCCGCUACUACUGCCUCGGAUGUUGUUGUUACCCCUACCGAGACUCCUCUGCAGGUUGACAAUCAGCAGAAACUGAAAGAGCAAGAGCAGCAGCAGGCGGCCAAGAGUGGCCACCAGACUCAGGCUCAGACAUCGCCACCAGCAUCAUCAAAACCAGCAUCCGACACAGCAGCUGCCACUUCUGCUGCCGCCGUCGCCGACGUUGUCGUCUCUGCUGGUGCCAGCACAUCCACUUCGACCGCUUCAGUGGCCGCCACCACUGAUGCCAGCAGCAGCACAACCACUAUUCGUGUGGCACCGGCGGUGACCAGUCGCAAGAUAAUCACCUCCAAUCCAGUGACAAGUAGUCAGACCUUUGCUCAAGUGCUGGCGAAGAAGAACGCCGCCGCUGUGCCUAGUACCAAACAGUCCAAAAAGAUGGCCCAAUCGAGUGGCCCGAAGCCGGUGGACCAGCCGAAGAUUGCCGCGAAGGCUGCUGCCGCCUCCAGCGCCAAGGCUGCCGUCUCCUAUGCUUCAGUGGUGCAGGAAAGCAGCGGCAAUAGCAGUCCUACAAGCCCACACGCCGCCAUCGCCACAAACACCAGCACUACCAUCAGCAGCAGCAGCAGUAAGCAGCAGGAGGAAGUGGACGCUUACCGCAACUAUCCCGAUGCCACCAGUGCCACCCCCAGCCAGUCUUCCUCCUCCAUUGAGGGACAGUGCUCACCCAACAGUGACCUGGGUGAUCAGUUCACCUGUGAUGUACGCAGUCUGGGCUCCAAUGACAGCGGCACCGGCAGCAGUGAGCUUCUGCACGCCGAUACCACUAUCACCAACGGCGGAGACCACUCGCAGCAGUCCUCCCCUGCCAGUGCAUAUCACAUAGUCAACAGCAGCGACAACAGCAGCCCCACCGCCACCGCAACUCCCCCCGAAGACCCGUCGGCCAUUGUGUGCUACCAGUUUGAGUUGCCGUUUUACCUGUGCGGCAAGCUCAUCGGAUCGAACGGCCACUACAUUAACUUUGUCAAGCAGAGCUCUGGCACGCAGAUCAUCGUCAGCACGCACUACGUCCCUUCACACAAAAUUUGCUCAAUUACCGGCACUAAAGCUGGAAUCAACACUGCUCUGAAUUUGAUUCGCAAGCGUUUCCCCUUCAAGGAAUAUCCCGAUGUCUCUCUCGCACCCUUGCCUAAUCCCAGUUUAUCGGUUCUGCCGCAAUCAUGCCAACUUCAACUCGCCCCAGACCACGUUGCGAACGACGUCAUACUGUCGUGCCACAUGAGCCCUGGUCACUUUUUCCUGCAACAGCCCACUCAUCCAACGUACCCUCAACUCAACCAACUUGACCACCUAAUGAAGAUUCACUACUCGGAAGGGUCGGCCCCGCAGCUGCCCGACGUCUACCCGGGACUGCUCUGCGCUGCGCCCACCGAGGAGGGCUGGUACCGAGCCAUGAUCAAGGUUGUCCACCAGUCCAAAAACCAGUGUGAUAUCAUGUUCGUCGACUACGGCGGAUUCGCCUUCAACGUGCCUGUCGCCACUUUGCGCCCAAUUCGCUCCGACUUUAUCGUCUUGCCCUUUCAAGCCUCGGAAUGCUUUCUGGCCAAUGUCGUGCCAGUUGAUGCUAAAAACGGCUGGUCUACUGAAGCAAAUCAGUUCUUUGUCGAGCAGGCUCAAGGACAGAUUAUUCAUGCUGAAAUUGAUGACUACGAUGAAAAUGGAACUCCCUUUGUCACACUCUUCAAGUUUUCCCAAGGAGGAAAUCGCACUGACAUCAACGCUGAACUGGUCGCAAAGGGCUACGCAUACUGGACUGAAUCCGACGAGAGCAAACUCAACGGCAAGAACUAA